AUAGGCCGAGCUUCCAAUUCCAAACAAGACGCCGCAGCAAAUGGCCGCUGCCGUGAGCCUUUCCUACCAAAUAGUAAUACACAUCUUCAUGCUCCUCUGCUGCUGCUCCAUAUGGUCUCCACACCUGCCUCGUGCCACCUCCUCCAUUUCUUUCACCUCCAACUUCUCCCAUCCCGACUACGACGGCCGGGACCUCAUCUUCCAGGGCGACGCCUACUACGACUCCCGGUCUCAGACGAUCCAGCUGACCCCGAGCAUCGGGAACAGCGUAGGCCGGGCGUUCCUCGCGGCGCCCGUGCCGCUGUGGGAUGCCGUCACCGGCGAGCUCGCCCGCUUCACCACCUCCUUCACCUUCCAAAUCAAGGUGAACAAUGCAAAUGCCGGCGACGGCUUGGCAUUUUUCCUCGGGCAUUACCCUCCGGCCGACAUUCCCAAGUUCGAGCGUGAGAUGGGCGGCGGGAACCUCGGCCUCUUCAACAAGAGCGUCGGCACAGUCGCUACUGGCGACGAACGAGCCGUGGCCGUUGAGUUUGACACGCACUUGAAUGAUGGCUUCGACCCCAGCGGCAGCCACAUGGGCAUUGAUGUCAACUCCAUCGUCUCACGGGCCUACACCAACGCCACCGUGCCUGGCAGGAACCUAACGUCCGGCCUCACAAUGACUUGCAACAUCACCUACGGUAACGACACAAAAAUCCUGACAGCUCUUCUUCAGAUCGGCGACACGACGUACCGCGUCGACACGACUGUUGACCUCAGGCAGUUCUUGCCUAAUCUAGUGGCCAUCGGCUUCUCCGGUGCCACUGGCGUGGCGCUCGAACUACACCAAAUAGUUUCCUGGUCAUUUGAAUCCACCUUGGAUCCGCCACGGGAGAGCCCUGGGAGUCGCCCUCCUGCACCGAAGACCCUGUUGCCAGUAGAGAUAAUAACUGGACCAGUCAUUGGAGUCAUUGCAAUUGCGUGCAUCUUUGUUGGCAUCCGUCGAUGGCAGCUAUUCACGAGAAAGAGGCGUUACAGAGCUCUUGCCAGGGGCCUUGGGCCUAUUGGUUAUCAUAGGUUGGCAGGUGCAACCAACGAAUUCGCAGAGGAAAACAAGCUUGGGCAAGGAGGUUCUGCCUCUGUUUAUGAGGGCCAACUGGCAAGUCCAAGUAGACCGGUGGCGAUAAAGAUAUUCAAGCAAACAUCAUCACGCGAGGGGAGGAAGGCGUUCGAGGACGAGCUCAAGAUUGCGAGUCGGCUCAGGCACCGGAACCUUGUGGAAUUGAUAGGCUGGUGCUGCGAUGGCCAGAGGAGCCUGGUUGAGUUUAUAUGUUGGUGGCGGGACGACAGGUACACACGUCUCUUCCUUGUGUAUGAGCUUGUGCCACAAGGUAGCCUCGAUCAACACCUACACGAGGGCAAGAGUUGGUUACCAUGGUCCAAGAGGUACAAGAUCAUCCUCGACCUAGGCUCUGCACUGCAAUACCUCCAUGUAGAUUGCGAGCAACACCAACAGUGUAUUGUACACGGUGAUAUCAAGUCCAGCAACGUGUUGCUUGGGUCUUCAAGUGGUGCCAAGUUAGGUGACUUUGGAUUGACAAGAUUUGUUCACCAAGAAACUGGGUCAAAGACCACAGACCUUUUGCAGGGCACUUGGGGAUAUAUAGACCCUGUGUUCCUCAACACGAGCCAGCGGAACAGGCAGUCAGACAUCUACAGUUUUGGCAUUGUCCUACUAGAGAUGGUCUCUGGAAGGGACCCAACGGCGAGUCUCAAUGGUAUGCCUCCGUUGUCGUCAUGGGUAAGGAGUUUGUACCACGACGAUGCGAUCCUUGAGGCUGCAAAUGACAGCUUGAUAGGCGGCGAGUCUAGUACUGAGCGACAACAAAUGGAGCGUGUGCUACUUGUCGGGCUCUUGUGUGUGCAUCAGGACCCGAGCAGCCGGCCGUCCAUCACGCACGCCAUGGAUUCCCUGCGAUCAGAGGAGCUAAAACUGGACAUCACUCCCUUGGCACCGGUGACACUAUCCCUACCAUAGCCUUUGUAGUCCAAAACCACAAAGAAAUACCAUACAUGUAUUCAAGGGAUACAAAUUGAGCCGGGAUGUAUCGGGGACAGGAAUCAUGUACUAGAAAGUUGGAUUUGUUCGUCAAAUGAUGACCCCACACACUUGAGAAGUGGCUAGAUUUCUUUGAUGCUAGUGCAAGUGUCGUUUUUAGUUUUUAUAUGAUUUUCAAUACAUAUUUUACCCAUUUUUUAUAUUGAUAUGCUUGA